AUGCGCCAGCGAACUGUCGCCACAGGCAAGGUGGUGAGCGACAAGAGCGGUGCCGCGGCAGAACUCUCUUCCAGCGAGCACACCCAGGUUGCGUUGUCGGCGUUUAGCUUUUUGUUUUCGGAGCUGUGUGUACGCGCCUACACGUUCCCGACAAAGGUGAAGAACGUCGAGGAGGUGGAGGCCCGCUUGACCUCUCUUGGCGCGCAUGUUGGGACCCGUCUUAUCAUGCUUUCCUCUGUCCGCGACCCCGUCGACCUGCAGCGCCGCCCGCUAACAAUUGACGCGGUCUUGAAGUUGCUACAGGAGAAGCUGUGGGCACGCUGGUUUGGCCGUCCCGCCAGCGAAAUCCAGCGUGAGAGCAACUCCGAUCGCUUCUUCCUCUUUGACAGCGACCCAAUCGUCCUCCGCUACGUCCACCCAUCCCCCGACUACGUGGACAGCGAAGGCCGGUGGAACGUGAACUACGCCGGCUUCAUGGGCGGCAUUAUUCAAGGCGCACUGCAGUCAAUGGGCUUUGAGGCGGAGGUGCAGACGUAUCACCAGCCGGAGCCCGGGAAGCCUCACCAGUCGCUGUUCGUGAUUGCUUUUGCGAAGCACGUCUGGGAUCGGGAACGGAAGAUGCGAACCUGA